AUGGAUCUUGAUCGCAUCAGCCCUCCUUCCGCCCUGCUGCUCCUCCCUCCCCCUCCGUCAGCUUCGUUUGAGCAGCUCCAGGAGGCGUAUAGAUCUUCUAUUUCUGCGGCAUGCUCCAAGCUCCCUCAAAGCCUCAAAAGUGCCAAUCAGAUUGCAAUAUUGGACAUUGCGCUCUGCGUACCCGGUCUGCUUUCUCCUACCUGUUUGCCCCGGACACGGGCCUUUGGAACUCUCCAGCGCCUGCUAUCGGACGUCUAUAAACUGAUUGGCGUUGUCUGCACCGAACAGAGGAUUGAACUGGACUUACCGGGGGGUGUUGAUGUACGAGUGGUCUUUCUGGACUUCAACCCCGCUCCUGGUUCGACAUCCGAGGGGUCUCUUCGGAACUCACAAUAUGGCCCUGUUCUCAAUCUGGAUACGCUGGCAAGCUCUGGGCGGCAAUGGGAUUGGAUCUUCUACCCAAAUAAUAUCAGCGGUCAAAAAUUGGCCGCAGCCUUCAGUAGUAUCUACACCCAAUCCAAGGGUUCCACAGCCGGAAAUCUACAUCCGAUCCCAGGAGGACCGGAAAAGACCCCAUCCGGAUCGCUUCUGAAAUUGGAAGAUAAACAGUCAUCUGUCGCACAUUAUUCGGCUAUUGUAGGGGGCACAUUCGACCACGUCCAUUUAGGACACAAGUUGUUACUUACAGCCACUGCACUGGCCUUGGAGCCCAUUCAGGGUGCAGACUCGACUACAGAAAGGUUGCUCUCCGUGGGAGUGACGGGAGAGGAGUUGUUAGUGAACAAGAAAUAUGCAGAGUUUCUUGAAAGUUGGGAAGAACGGUGCCAGAGUAUUAGUUCUUUCCUGUCCGCGAUCAUCGAUUUCAGACCACCCGAGAAGAGUGCACCCAGCAUCCAACGAGUGUCGCAACCCGAACCGAAUGGAAAGUAUUUAUUGAUCAAACUUCAGCCGGGCUUGACCCUCAAACUCGUCGAGAUAUCUGACAUGUUUGGGCCUACGAUUACCGAAGAGAGUAUCACCGCCCUCAUUGUCUCAAAGGAGACUCGGUCUGGCGGCUCUGCUGUCAAUGACGAGCGUAUAAAGAAGGGUUGGAAGAGUCUCGAAGUGUUUGAGGUCGAUGUGCUCCAGUCGGGUGAAGUUCAAACAUCCGAGACUGAGAGUUUUGCAUCGAAAUUAAGCAGUACGGAUAUCAGACGGCGACGGAUGGAUAUGGCUUCAAGGUAG